AUGUUCGUCAGCUUUGUAAAAUCUGAUGAUGUCAAUUGGAAGCAACCUUCCAGCAUCUCCUGGGUGAACGUUGUCUCCAUGAAGCCUGGCUUUGAAGCUAGAAUCCAGACUCUUGUUUCCCAGGGCGACCCCAUGUGCAACCUGCUACUGAAGGUGGGGCUUUCCCGGCGGAAGCUACUGAACAGCUAUCUGAUUAGCAGUGCUGUUCGUCACAAGCAGGGCAGCGUGCUGGACAGAGAAGGCUACUGCCAUCAUUUCGUGUGCCUGCUGGCAGCCACGCUGAGCCACAGAGGCAUCGAGGGAUGUGCUGCAGCUAACAUCACCCUCAAGCGCCAGACCAAGAAGAGAGGGGGAGGAGAAGCAUUCCACCUGAUCCACUUGCCUGCCACGAGCAACGUGGCAGAAAAUGCUCCACCUGCCACUUUGGUGCACGAGUUUUCUGUGAAUUUAUCAGUAUCACUGUCGCCGGUGAUCACAGGAUUUCCCAUGGUAAUCAACCCAAGACCCUUCACGGAAGCCUUCAGGGUGAACCGACUGUCAGCAACCAACUUUGAGGUUGUCACCACUGGUAAGGAACAACUAGAUUUUGAAACAGGACCAAGAACAUUUGAUUUGCAGAUUUAUGUGAAGGAUGAUGUUGGUGUCACAGACUUGCAGGUCCUGACUGUUCAGGUGACAGAUGUGAACGAGCCGCCACAGUUUCAAGGCAACUUGGCACAAGGUUUAAACCUCUAUGUAGUAGAAAGAUCAAACCCUGGAUUCAUUUACCAAGUGGAGGCCUUUGACCCUGAAGACACAAGGCGGAACACAGCCCUCAGGUAUUUCCUCAUUUCUCCCUCAACAAACUUCAGAAUGUCUGCUAAUGGCACCCUCUUCUCCACCACGGAACUGGAUUUUGAAGCAGGGCACAAGAGCUUCCACCUCCUUGUGGGAGUAAGAGACAGUGGGGACCUCGAAGCCUCCACAGCACUCCAGGUGACCAUUGUGAACAUCAAUGAUGAGAUCCCAUGCUUUACCAGUCCGAGGAGAGUGUACUCCAUCCCAGAGGAAGUGCGUCCGGGAACCAUGGUGGCGAACAUCACAGCAGUGGAUCCCGAUGAUGAGAGCUUUCCUGGUCGCCUCCUCUACAGCAUCACUACCAUCAGCAGCUUUUUUGUGAUAGAUCAGUUGACAGGGACGAUCCAAGUGGCCCGAAGGUUAGAUCGAGAUGCAGGAGAGCUGAGACAGAACCCCAUUGUUUCCCUGGAAGUUCUGGUGAGGGACAGACCCUCUGGGGGCCAGGAGAACCGCAUCCAGAUAACCAUCAUCGUGGAAGACAUCAAUGACAACCCCGCAACAUGCAGAAAGUUCACCUUCAGCAUUAUGUUGCCUGAAAGAGCAGCCAACGGGACGUUGCUUUUGGACCUGAGCAAGUUCUGCUUUGAUGAUGACAGCGAAGCUCCAAACAACAAAUUCAACUUCACCACGCCAUCUGGAGUGGGGAGCAGCCACAGAUUUUCACAGCAUCCAGCUGGCUCUGGGAGAAUUGUGUUGAUUGGUGAUCUAGAUUAUGAAAAUCCAAGCAACCUUGCAUCUGGCAACAAGUACAGUGUGAUGAUCCAGGUGCAGGAUGCCGCCCCUCCAUACUAUAAAAAUAACAUCUACAUUUCUAUUCUAACAAGCCCAGAAAACGAAUUUCCUCUCCUCUUUGAUAGACCUUCCUACAUGUUUGAUGUGGCAGAAACAAGACCAGGCAGAACCCGGGUUGGGCAGGUGAGAGCCACUGACGCAGAUUUUCCCCAGAGGCAAGUGGUGUAUUCCAUAUCCAGAGGAGGGGCCAGCCUCCAGUACCCAAACAUAUUUUGGAUUAAUCCCAAGACUGGAGAACUUCAACUAGUAACCAAAGCAGACCAUGAAACCACUCCUGUCUACGUUCUCACAGUCGAGGCCACCAACGGCGAGGACUGGAACGCAGUCACUGUCACUGUGAACGUCAUUGCCGAGAAUGAUGAAAAGCCAGUAUGUACCCCAAAUUUUCACUUCAUGGUCAUCCCAGUGGAUCUAAAAGUUGGCACAAACAUUCAGAAUUUCAAGCUGACGUGCACUGACCUUGAUUCUAGCCCUGGCUCUUUCCGCUACUCCAUUGGCUCAGGCAACAUCAACAGUCAUUUCACCUUCUCUCCCAAUGCUGGCUCCAACGUAUCACGCCUGCUGCUUGCAUCUCACUUUGACUAUAGCAGCCUUGAUGAGAUCAGGGACUACCAGCUGCUCGUCUACAUUACUGAUGACAACUUGCUGUCUGGCAGAACAAAAGCUGAGGCUCAUGUUGAAACAGGGACAGUGACACUGAGUGUUAAAGUCAUUCCUCACCCAACCACGAUCAUCACCACAACUCCCAGGCCCAGGAUCACCUACCACAUCCUCAGGGAAAACAUAUACUCGCCAUCAGCCUGGUAUGUGCCGUUCACCGUCACUCUGGGCUCCAUGGUGUUUGUGGGUCUUCUGGGGUUCCUGAUGGUCCAGCUGGUCAAAGCCAUCUAUAGACAUUGCUCCUCCACUACCAGGAAGGACAAGAAACCUCAGACAAAGAAAGGAGACAUGAAGAAUGUGAAGAGGACUGUGGUGGUGAGUGAAUCUAUCCAGAUGGACACUCUCUUUGAUGGAGAAGCCGUAGACCCAGUGACUGGAGAAAUAUAUGAAUUCAACUCAAAAACUGGUGCCAGAAAGUGGAAAGGCCCAAUAACCCAGCUGCCCAAUUGGCCGGAGCUCAGUCCCCAGCACAGAGGCACAGGUGGAGAUGGGACUGUCCCUAAACACACAGGAAAAUAACAGGUGUGUUAUUUGCCAGCCCCCUCAUGAGGGGCAGGGCAAGCCCGUGUGUGUGCCGGAGGUGGGGGAGGUACCUCCUUAAAUUCCACAGGGACAGUGGCCGUGUUUGGUACAAGUGCACAAUGCGGGCUAAGGGGAUUCAGACAACCAGGUUCCCAAGUAGGGAUCUGCCAACAUAUUUAAAAAUAUUUCUGAAAUGGAAUUUGAUUACACAUUGGCCUUUUCCUGCAAUGGCACAGGAGGUUUUC